UCCGGCCGCCUCGUUGCCGGGAUUUGGGGUGAGGGGCCCGCGCGCUCCGCCUGGUUCCGCUUCCGUCCCCUUGAGUUUGUCGUCAGCAUCAGUGAUGUGAGCAGUCUGGAAAUGGAUGAGAUUGCUGAUCCUGUGAGGAUGGAAGCUGGUGAUGCAACGUUGGCUAAUCACAACUCGAUAUUCAAGGCCUUUCCUCUACAACAGACUGCUAUUCCAGGGGAUCAGCUUUCACUGUCUGAUGACAAGUUUUUACCAAUCAAGUUUGGCAGUUUGGAGAGAGCUUUUACAUGCUCCACGGGAAGUGCAUCAUGCAGUCCAAGUUACUACUCAGAAAUUCCAUCCUCUGAGAGUUACCGGGUGUCGGGAGAAUUGAGAACGUUUGGACCAAGUGCCAACGGACAGGGGAGGGGUUUGGUACCCACCCUGGGUUCUAUGUUACAGAAACCUAGAGUGAGUCGAAACUUGUAUCUCGACACUCGCAAAACUCCAAGUGGAACGUCAAAUAGUUUUGUAGGGAAGUCAAACCAUCACUGUCACGUAUCUGCAUAUGAAAAAACAUUUCCAAUCAAGCCUGUUACAAGUCCCUCAUGCCGUCGCAGCCUGCUAAGCCCCAAGAAAACCCAGAGGAGAUUCGUCAGCACUGCAGAAGAGACAGUUCGAGAGGAAGAGCGAGAGAUCUACAGGCAGCUGCUUCAGAUGGUCACAGGAAAACAGUUCUCAACAUCCAAGCCGGCCUCGCUUUUCCCCCUCCACCUGCCCAGAUGUUUGAGUUCCAGUAAAAACGUCAUGAAAGAAACCCCCUGCAAGAAUGCAAAACCAUUCGAAACGUACAGCCUCGCUCCAGUCAGCCAAUCAGCUAGCGUUCUGGGAACACAGGAGCAGCCAUCACACAAGCCACCACCGUACCCUGUAUCCAGUUAUCCCUCAAAUGUUACUUUUGAGUCCGAUAAUACCACCACUCAGCAUCAGCGAGAUAAUCUACCAGCAUCCAACGCCCAGCCUGAAGGAUCAGACUCGGUCAUUGUGCUCAAGGUAAAAGAUUCCAGAACUCCGGCUCCAAGCCUCCCUUUCUUCCAGGCAGAAUUGUGGAUCAAAGAAUUAACCAGCGUCUAUGAUUCACGAGCCCGCGAGAGAUUGCGUCAAAUAGAAGAGCAGAAAGCUUUGGCAUUGCAACUCCAGAGCCAGAGAUUGCAGGAGCAGGAACACUUGAUACAGGACCCAGUAGAUUUGAAUCUUCGAGUGCCUCUUGAGAAAGAGAUCCCUGUCACAGUUCUCCCUGAAGAGAAAGAGAAUGCUAAAUCAGCUGAUAACGAAGAGGAAUUCCCUGAGAUCACAGAGGAAAUGGAGAAGGAAAUCAAGAGCGUAUUCCGCAGUGGAAACCAGGAUGAGAUCCUCAGUGAAGCUUUUCGGUUAACAAUAACCCGGAAAGACAUUCAGACCCUGAACAACCUGAACUGGCUUAACGAUGAGAUAAUUAAUUUCUACAUGAAUUUGCUGAUGGAGCGAAGCAAAGAGAAGGGGUUGCCGACAGUUCAUGCGUUUAAUACCUUCUUUUUUACUAAAUUAAAAACUGCUGGGUACCAAGCAGUGAAACGGUGGACAAAAAAAGUAGAUGUUUUCUCUGUGGAUGUUCUCUUGGUGCCUAUUCAUCUUGGAGUCCAUUGGUGCCUCGCCGUUAUAGACUUCAGGAAGAAAACCAUCACCUAUUACGAUUCCAUGGGUGGAAUAAACAAUGAAGCCUGCAGGAUACUGUUGCAAUACUUAAAACAGGAAAGUCUUGACAAAAAACGGAAAGAAUUUGAUGCUAACAACUGGUCGUUGCUCAGCAAGAAGAGUCAGGAAAUCCCUCAACAAAUGAAUGGCAGCGACUGUGGAAUGUUUGCCUGCAAAUAUGCCGACUGCAUUACCAAAGACAGACGGAUCAAUUUCACCCAGGUAAGCUGGGCACUGACAUGUUGGUGUACGCUGUGGGACUAA